UUAAUUUGGGCAUUUGGCCAAUUGCUUCCCACUUUAUGCUAUAUUAGAAAUGCCAGUUCUUCUCAGCAUCCUAUUUCUGUGACGACUUAGAGAAGCUGCUAUGGAUUAUCUAUCAAUCAGCCAUAUAAAUUUCUCAUCCCUGCUUUUUCAUUUUCUUCUAAUCAUCUACCUCACCAAUGCUGCUCUUGAGAUCUGUUACAACACAGGAAACUUCACAGCCAAUAGUACCUAUGCCGAAAACCGAGGUCUCCUCCUCUCUUAUCUAGCUUCAAACGUCACAGAAAAUGGUGGUUUCUACGCAGCCACAGCAGGCCAAGGCACAGACAAAGUUUUUGGUCUGGUGCUUUGCAGAGGAGACACUCCAUCAGAACAGUGUCCCAAGUGUGUCAACACAGCAAUUGCAAAAUUAAUUGAAAAGUGUCCUAACCAGAAAGAAGCACUUUUGUCGGUUGGCGAGCCUCCUUGUUUUGCACGCUAUGCAAAUCGCUCAAUUGUUGGACUAUUGGAGCUAAAUCCUACAGAUGCUGGCUAUAAUGUCAACAACAUCGCAUCAAAUAUGGAAGAGUUUGAUGAAAUAUGGAGCAGUCUGAUGGCUCGUAUAGUAGCAAGAGCUUCCAGGGGAUCUUCUAAGGUUAAAUUUGCUACUGAAGAAGCAAAUUUAACACCCACUCAGAAAAUAUACGCAUUGAUGCAGUGCACUCCUGAUAUUUCCGAGCAUAAUUGCAGCUAUUGCCUACGAGAGACUCUGGGAUAUUAUCGAUCUUCUUCCUAUGGGAAACAAGGAGUUCAUGUUAAUAAACCUAGCUGUAUUUUCCGAUGGGAAUUGUAUCCAUUUUAUAAUUCUAUUGCUGAUGCUCCAACUCUUUCACCUUCGCCGCCGCCUCCUCCGCCACCAGCCAAUAACACCACCACCAAAGGUAACGGAGCUACAGCAGCUCGAACUGUUGUAAUCAUCACUGCUCCUACAAUUUUCUUCGCAGCACUUGUUGGCCUCGCUUGCAGCUUUUUCUAUUAUAGGAGCUGUAAGAAAAAGACCAAAAAUUUGGAAGAAAUUAGUAGCACAGAGUGCCUGAAAUUCAAUUUUGAGACUAUCAGACUUGCAACAAACGACUUCUCUGAUAAUAAUAAGCUCGGACAAGGUGGAUUCGGUGCUGUUUACAAGGGUGUGCUUCCAGAUGGCCAAGUCGUAGCUAUAAAGAGGCUAACAACAAAAUCUAAGCAAGGAGAAGUUGAUUUUAAGAACGAAGUCAUGUUAGUGGCCAGACUUCAACACAGGAAUUUGGUUAGGCUAUUGGGAUUCUGUUUUGAAAGAAAUGAAAGGCUUCUCAUUUAUGAAUUUCUUACAAAUUCAAGUCUCGACCAUUUCAUAUAUGAUCAAGAGAAGCGUUUACUAAUGGAUUGGAACACACGCUACAAAAUCAUAGUGGGCAUAGCUCGAGGAAUUCUUUACCUUCAUCAAGAUUCUCAACUUCGAGUUAUUCAUCGCGAUCUCAAAGUCGGUAAUAUUUUGCUAGAUGAACAAAUGAAUCCUAAAAUUUCAGAUUUCGGAACAGCAAGAUUAUUUCCAACAAAUCAAUCCGAGGAUGCUACAAGUAAAAUUAUGGGAACCUUUGGCUACAUGGCACCAGAGUAUGUAUUUCAUGGGAUCGUCUCAGCGAAGUCGGAUGUUUUUAGCUUUGGUGUAUUAAUUUUGGAAAUUAUUAGUGGUAAAAGCAUUAAUAAAUUCCGAAAUGACGAAGGAGAAGGAGGAAACCUUUUAACAUAUGCAUGGAAGAAUUGGAAUGCAGGUACUGCUUCAAAAAUCAUAGAUCCUGUUCUGGUAGGAGCUGCUUCGACAAAUGAAAUCCUGAGAUGUGUCCAAAUAGGAUUACUAUGCAUACAAGAAGAUGCAGCUAAAAGGCCAACUAUGGCUUCGGUGAUUCUCAUGCUUGAUAGCUGCUCUGCUAUUCUUUCUGAAUUGUCAAGACCUGCAUAUUUUCUGCAUGGCCAAAAAGAGCCAAUCACAAUUGGUACCCAAUCUGCCCAACCUUCAGCUAAUCAGUGCUCAAUUUCAGAGAUGGAACCACGUUAA